CCUACCUAGAGGGAGCUUGAGUGUCUCCCUCUGGGUCUUCAGGCCUGUGAAGGGUUAAGUGAGCCACACCCUCAGCAGGAACAGUCUGGACUUUGUGCUGAUCAGCCAUCUCCGGCCUCUCCUGGUUUGACUGGCACAGGGAGCCUGGGCUGGAAGAGGCAGCAAAAGGGAAAAUCAGAAGAGUGGACACUGGCAAGAGGAGGGCAGCCUUUUUCCCAGCUUCCUUGCACCAUGGACAGCUCCCAUUAAGCCACCUCUCCAUCCUGGGGCCGGGACUCUUAUGCCCCAUUCCUGUCAAAUUGAGAUUUCAUCCACCAUUCUCCAAGGACAGUGAAGUUAUACCCUAGUUCCAGUGUUGGGAUCAGUGGCCCCUCUGGACAUGCCUCUCCUGGAAGGUUCUGUGGGGGUGGAGGAUCUUGUCCUCCUGGAACCCUUGGUGGAGGAGUCACUGCUCAAGAAUCUUCAGCUUCGCUAUGAAAACAAGGAGAUUUAUACCUACAUUGGGAAUGUGGUGAUCUCGGUGAAUCCCUAUCAACAGCUUCCCAUCUAUGGGCCAGAGUUCAUUGCCAAAUAUCAAGACUAUACCUUCUAUGAGCUGAAGCCCCAUAUCUACGCAUUGGCAAAUGUGGCAUACCAGUCACUGCGGGACAGGGACCGAGACCAGUGUAUCCUCAUCACAGGCGAGAGUGGAUCAGGGAAGACUGAGGCCAGCAAGCUGGUGAUGUCUUAUGUGGCUGCAGUCUGUGGGAAAGGAGAGCAGGUGAACUCUGUGAAGGAGCAGCUGCUGCAGUCUAACCCAGUGCUGGAGGCUUUUGGCAAUGCCAAGACCAUUCGCAACAACAAUUCCUCCCGAUUUGGAAAAUACAUGGAUAUUGAAUUUGACUUCAAGGGAUCCCCCCUCGGUGGUGUCAUCACAAACUAUCUGCUUGAGAAAUCCCGAGUAGUGAAGCAGCUCAAAGGAGAAAGGAACUUCCACAUCUUCUAUCAGCUGCUGGCUGGAGCAGAUGAACAGCUGCUGAAGGCCCUGAAGCUUGAGCGGGAUACAACUGGCUAUGCCUAUCUGAAUCAUGAAGUAGCCAGAGUGGAUGGCAUGGACGACGCCUCCAGCUUCAGGGCUGUACAGAGUGCAAUGGCAGUGAUUGGGUUCUCGGAGGAGGAGAUUCGACAAGUGCUAGAGGUGACAUCCAUGGUGCUAAAGCUGGGGAACGUGUUGGUGGCUGAUGAGUUCCAGGCCAAUGGGAUACCAGCAAGUGGCAUCCGUGAUGGGAGAGGUGUUCGGGAGAUUGGGGAGAUGGUGGGCUUGAAUUCAGAAGAAGUAGAGAGAGCUUUGUGCUCGAGGACCAUGGAAACAGCCAAGGAAAAGGUGGUCACUGCACUGAAUGUUAUGCAGGCUCAGUAUGCUCGGGACGCCCUGGCUAAGAACAUCUACAGUCGCCUCUUUGACUGGAUAGUGAAUCGAAUCAAUGAGAGCAUCAAGGUGGGCAUCGGGGAAAAGAAGAAGGUAAUGGGAGUCCUUGAUAUCUACGGUUUUGAGAUAUUAGAGGAUAAUAGCUUUGAGCAAUUUGUGAUCAACUACUGUAAUGAGAAGCUGCAGCAGGUGUUCAUAGAGAUGACCCUGAAAGAAGAGCAAGAGGAAUAUAAGAGAGAAGGCAUACCGUGGACAAAGGUGGACUACUUUGAUAAUGGCAUCAUUUGUAAGCUCAUUGAGCAUAAUCAGCAAGGUAUCCUGGCCAUGUUGGAUGAGGAGUGCUUGCGGCCUGGGGUGGUCAGUGACUCCACUUUCCUAGCAAAGCUGAACCAGCUCUUCUCCAAGCAUGGCCAUUACGAGAGCAAAGUCACCCAGAAUGCCCAGCGUCAGUAUGACCACACCAUGGGCCUCAGCUGCUUCCGCAUCUGCCACUAUGCGGGCAAGGUGACAUACAACGUGACCAGCUUUAUUGACAAGAAUAAUGACCUACUCUUCCGAGACCUGUCGCAGGCCAUGUGGAAGGCCCAGCACCCCCUCCUUCGGUCCUUGUUUCCUGAGGGCAAUCCUAAGCAGGCAUCUCUCAAACGCCCCCCGACUGCUGGGGCCCAGUUCAAGAGUUCUGUGGCCAUCCUCAUGAAGAAUCUGUAUUCCAAGAGCCCCAACUACAUCAGGUGCAUAAAGCCCAAUGAGCAUCAGCAGCGAGGUCAGUUCUCUUCAGACCUGGUGGCAACCCAGGCUCGGUACCUGGGACUGCUGGAGAACGUACGGGUGCGACGGGCAGGCUAUGCCCACCGCCAGGGUUAUGGGCCCUUCCUGGAAAGGUACCGAUUGCUGAGCCGGAGCACCUGGCCUCACUGGAAUGGGGGAGACCGGGAAGGUGUUGAGAAGGUCCUGGGGGAGCUGAGCAUGUCCUCGGGGGAGCUGGCCUUUGGCAAGACAAAGAUCUUCAUUAGAAGCCCCAAGACUCUUUUCUACCUCGAAGAACAGAGGCGCCUGAGACUCCAGCAGCUGGCCACACUCAUACAGAAGAUUUACCGAGGCUGGCGCUGCCGCACCCACUACCAACUGAUGCGAAAGAGUCAGAUCCUCAUCUCCUCUUGGUUUCGGGGAAACAUGCAAAAGAAAUGCUAUGGGAAGAUAAAGGCAUCCGUGUUAUUGAUCCAAGCUUUUGUGAGAGGGUGGAAGGCCCGAAAGAAUUAUCGCAAAUAUUUCCGGUCAGAGGCUGCCCUCACCUUGGCAGAUUUCAUCUACAAGAGCAUGGUACAGAAAUUCCUACUGGGGCUGAAGAACAAUUUGCCAUCCACAAACGUCUUAGACAAGACAUGGCCAGCCGCCCCCUACAAGUGCCUCAGCACAGCAAAUCAGGAGCUGCAGCAGCUCUUCUACCAGUGGAAGUGCAAGAGGUUCCGGGAUCAGCUGUCCCCAAAGCAGGUAGAGAUCCUGAGGGAAAAGCUCUGUGCCAGUGAACUGUUCAAGGGCAAGAAGGCUUCAUAUCCCCAGAGUGUCCCCAUUCCAUUCUGUGGUGACUACAUUGGGCUGCAAGGGAACCCCAAGCUGCAGAAGCUGAAAGGCGGGGAGGAGGGGCCUGUUCUGAUGGCAGAGGCCGUGAAGAAGGUCAAUCGUGGCAAUGGCAAGACUUCUUCUCGGAUUCUCCUCCUGACCAAGGGCCAUGUGAUUCUCACAGACACCAAGAAGUCCCAGGCCAAAAUUGUCAUCGGGCUAGACAAUGUGGCUGGGGUGUCAGUCACCAGCCUCAAGGAUGGGCUCUUUAGCUUGCAUCUGAGUGAGAUGUCAUCAGUGGGCUCCAAGGGGGACUUCCUGCUGGUCAGCGAGCAUGUGAUUGAACUGCUGACCAAAAUGUACCGGGCUGUGCUGGAUGCCACGCAGAGGCAGCUUACAGUCACCGUGACUGAGAAGUUCUCAGUGAGGUUCAAGGAGAACAGUGUGGCUGUCAAGGUCGUCCAGGGCCCUGCAGGUGGUGACAACAGCAAGCUACGCUACAAAAAAAGGGGGAGUCAUUGCUUGGAGGUGACUGUGCAGUGAGGAGGGGGCACCAUGCAGAGACGGCAGUUGCUUCCUCCUGAACCAGCACUAAUCCCCCUCUGCCCUCCUGUGUGGGAGGAUCUCUAACCCCUCUGAUCGUGGGGCAUGGCUUGGGGAUUAAACUACCCUUGAAGAGGACCCUUGUCCCAAACCCUUCUUGUUCUCUCCUCCAAAAGUAGCUUCCUCCAACCCUCAGCCUCUCUGCUCACUAAUAAAACAUGUGGCUUGGAAAGGUUCAGUCAGGGUGGGUGGGUCCCUGUUCCCCCUAUCUUUUCACCCAGGUGUACUUAGACCCCUGCCCCCAUGCCCUUUUUCCUCCUCAAGCUCCUUGGAGCCAGCUAGUGAGGUAAUAAGAAAGGAAAAGAAGGAAAAUUGUCUCCGGGCUCCUUGACCGGCUGAGCUCUGGGGGGGUGUUUAGAGAGACUGCGGUGGGUGGAGGGGCUGCGGGGGGAGUUAAGGAUGGGGCUCAGGUCGCAGGUGGCCAGUGGACUGAUUCAUUAAGUGUGUCCCUGGAGGGAAGAAGUGAGCAUCCCUGUCUUGGCAGAAACUGGGGUCCUUUGGCGAUUUAGCCUGAAAAGCGGCCCAAGGCUGGAGGGCUUAUGUAUGCUGGGGUGCUGGGGAAUGCAGGGUCUCCUGUACGUGGGAACGCCAUCACCCCUUCUACUCCCACACACAGCACAGGGCUCCAUCACACCAGCCUCCCCGACACCCCCUUCCUUCUCACACACCCGAGAUGCCAAACUGCUGCCAACAGUUAUCUUGCUCGUCUCUGUCCCACAGCUGGGGCCUGCAGCAGGUGGCACUUCACAUCACUCACUUGAUGAGGCUCCCUCAUCAAGACCCCCCCAUCCCUGUGACCUGGCCCUUUCCUCUCCUCUUCCUUUAUUUUUCCUGCGUCAUUGUCAUUAUCUUUUUCUCACCCUCCCAACUAUCUCACACCAUCUCAUUGUCCCUGUUUCUGUGAGCUCUGACUAAUAUCAAUAUGUAAUAUUUUGUAAAAUGCUUUAAAUAUUUUCCUACUCCCCCUCAUAUCUAUUUUCUCAUAGAUUCUGUCUUGUCUCAGCCUCUCACCAUCCUGGCCUCUAGCUUUGGGGAACAAGCUGCUCAUAUAGUCACAGUAAAAUUUAGAUCUGUGGUCUGUGAGAGCUUAGCAGGGUCUGCCUUUGUUUUUGUCUCUGGCUGUCUCUUCCUCCUCUCAAGAUCUCUACCUUGCCUACCUCUUCCCGCUUCCUUCCCUUAACUCACUAUGCCUUGAGGCUGGGGUCUCCCUCCACCUGACUUCCAUCUGCAGGCAGCUCACGGCCGGCUAUCAUCCUGGCCAGGGAGAACUGAUUAACUUCUCUUCCUGCCUGCAGAUUAAUCUGCUGUCUGAGCACAAGCCACGUGCUUCUGGCACACCCUGCUUUGAGCUGAGAUAGAACCUGGGGAAUCAUCUGUUUUCAGGCGGGCGAGGGGCUAGAGCCUGCCUUGUUUGGGAGGAGGGUGGCUCUGUUCAGAAUAGGGGUAGCUCAGGCUCUGGCCAGCCUUCUCCCACCCCCAACAGCUCCCCCCAUCCUUGACUUCUCAGAAUCAGGCCGAGAAGAGCCUAUCUGGCCGAGAGUGGGGUGGUGACCUGCGCCUCAUCGCCCCCGCUCUCCAUCUCAUCUCCUGCUCCCAGGGCCCAAAUUGUCGUCACUUUCCCAGUGAAGUGUCUGGUCAUUUUCAGAAGCAAUUUCAGGAGAACAUGCAGCUGCUGCUCCCUAUCCUGCAUGUCCCUUCACAGGGCUGAAGGCACUGUCAGCUCCCUGGGCUGGGGGUGAUGGGAGAGGGGAAGGGCUAGGGCCCUCACCCCUGUCCUCACUGUGCCCAUCAUGUAGAUGGACUGGAGUUCAAGGAAGGGCAGGCACUCCCCUCCUCCUUUACUCUUCUGUCACUCUCUUCCUCCUCUUCUUUCCUGUCUCUGCCUCUCUUUUCUGGAGCCUAGGAGUGUGUGUUUUCAUCCCCUGAAACAAAUAGGGACUCAGUUUCCCCACCUGUGUUACAGGGUUGGAAUUGGCUCCAUCACUGUGGGAGAAGCUGGAGUUCUGCUACCAGUCCUCCCCUCCCCAGCCCUGCCUCUUCUCUCCCAGCCCUCUCCCUUCAGCCAGUUCAGCGCUCUGAGAGUCUGGGUUGUUUCAGCCUCUGAGGGGCACAAGCCAUCCUGGAUUCCCCUAACCCCAUGAGGAGCCAUUCUAGCAUCUCACAGCUUAAACCAGCUCUAGCUCAGUCCUCCUGGCUUAGUCCAUUUCUUCCCCAGGCUCUGAGGGCCUCUUGUUCCUUGCUCUGUGGGGUUUUCUCCAGUUGUCUCCUGGCUGCAGGACAUGGCAGGACAUAGAAUGCUGUCAUCCUUCCACUCUUGAUUGGCAUCUCCACCCAGUGUCACAUAUGACCCUAGCCCUGCCCUCCCCUUGCCAGUACCCCUCUGGGAUUUUGCGAGAGUCCACAAGUUGUGCAUGUGGUGGAUAUACUCAGGCCAUCUCGUGUGUACAAGCUAGAGGGUCUGCUUCCACCUCUGGCCCUCAGUGAAUUGCUGACUAACCUGUCUCAACACAGCACAACUGUACACACCUUUUCCUGGCCUCAUCCCUAACCCAUCAUAGCAGCAAAGAGGGGAAGUUGCAGGGGAGGAGCUGCUAAGGACCCUGGACUCCAAGUACCCUGCUCCUCUAGGCCAGGGACAUCAUCUGAGAUGUGGCUCAAAUAAAGGGUGGGUGUUCAAGAAAAAACACUUGGGGACUCUAUAGCUGCAACACCCACUUUACAUGUCAUUUCCAUAUGAUUUGUAGGCAAAAUGAAGCCCAGGCUGUCCUAGCCCUCCAAUACCUCCCUCUCUCAUCACCUCUCCAACAUAGCCUAGCAUUAGCUCUUUCAAGUCUUUGCUAAUCCCAGAGAUCAAGGGGUGAUCAACUCUCCCUGCCAUCCCCUUGUUCCCCGCCGCCCCCCCGGCUCCCCCACCAUCCUUGGCUCCUGCCAUCCUCUUUGAGAUGCUGCAUCAUCAAAGGACAUUAUUUAUGGUGUGCCUUUGCUGAAGCCCUGCUUCCCUGGUGCCAGGGCUUGGGAGCAGGGAUGGAUGGGUUGGUGGGGGAGAGGGGUGGAUGCAGAGAUUGGACCCAGGAGGCUUUUAGUCCUCAGCUCUUGGCUUAACACCUCCUCCUCUUACACACCCAACUCCCUCCAGCCUGCCCAGCUUGGGCCUUCAGCUCCAGAUUGGUGGGGUUAGGAGAGGAGGAGGAGGGAGAUGGAUGGAACCAAUUAGGAACAGCACCUGGGCUCCUCACAGGAAUGAACCAGUCAUGCCAUUUGCAUGUAAACAGCUUCCCACUUCUCUCCUCAUCCUACCAAAGGCUCCCAACCCUGGGUCCUGGCCCAUGUUCUUUGCCCACACAGCCCUGUAAUUAGCUGGGUAAUGAGAAGCUUUUAAUGAGUCCCAUUAGCAUCUGGUGUAAUA